AAUGAUCGAUCAAUAAGAAUCAAUAAAUUGUCUCUGCAGACGUUGGACGGCGGUCUGAACGUCAUCCAGCUGGAGACGGCCGUGGGCGCUGCCAUCAAGAGCUUCAACAACGCGUUGGGCGUGAACGUCCCCCGCAGCCGCUUCCUGCCGGUGAAGACGUCGUCCGACCUCCUGCUGGUGAUGUCCAACCUGUACAGCCUGGACGCCGGCUCGCUCACCAUGAGCAAGAGGAGGGAGUUCCCCACGACGCCGCACGUGAAGCUCGGCAGCUCCUUCACCAAGGUUCAGGACUUUCUGAGGCGGUUCGAGAGCAUCCCGGACAUGUUGGAGCUCGACCACCUCACCGUGUCCGGAGACGUCACCUUCGGGAAGAACGUCUCUCUGAAGGGAACCGUCAUCAUCAUCGCGAAUCACGGCGACCGGAUCGAUAUUCCCGCCGGAGCGAUGCUGGAGAACAAGAUCGUCUCAGGAAACCUGCGUAUCCUCGACCACUGAGGCCUUCUGGGAAAAAACAACCACAAACAAACAAACAAACAAACAAAAAAGCCAUUUUCACCUCGAAGAGACUCAAAGAGAGAAAAGAUGUUUCUUCUCUUCAACCGACGAACCGUCACUUUGUUUUUAUUCUGUCGUUUCAACGUGAAGUCGGUCUGAAAGGGUCGAAGGGUCAAAGGUCAACCCUCCUCCUUCCAGACUCAUCGUGAGGAAACCUGCUGUCAAUUAAACAAGUGCAUCAUGGGUAAA